ACGAGGAUCUCCCCGACUAGGCGAUGGCGUGGGAGCCGAACAACGAAGGAGAAGAUCCGCCGCAGCCAUUCAGCUUGAAGAGCAAGGAUGAGAUCCAUACAGUCAAGCUGUAUCAGUUCGAGGCAAGUCCACCAUGCGCGAUCGUCAGGGCGCUUCUUGCGUGGGCAGAGGUUCCAUAUGACGUGGUGCAAGUGAACUACCCGUUCAAGUCUGAGAUCUCCUGGUCAAAGUAUCAGAAGAUUCCGAUCCUUGUCGUCAACGACAUGCAGGUCAAGUCGUCGCUGUUUGGCUUGAGGGUCAUGGUGUUUCAGGUCAACGACUCGUUCAUCAUAGCAAAGUGUUUAUCUCCUUGUCUCUUCGGCCGAGAGGCCACCCAGCACGAGUUGAAUCUCAUGAAGGAGAUCACCUUCGGAGUGAUGGUGGCGGUGGAGAUUGAGCUCUUCUCCGAUGACAAGGAUCGCUCCAACUUCGUCGACGCCUUCUUCUCCGACGACUGUUGCUCCCAGACCUUCGUCAAGCCGCUCGUCCUCCUCAUGGUGUCUCAAGCCCCCGACCGCAUCAGGAAGUCCAAACCCGAGGUGAAGCCGCUGAGCGAGUACGGGGAGACGUUCAAGAAGGGUCUGCAAGGCAACUACAUCGGAGGUUCUUCUGUGGGACCUGCAGACUUGAUGCUAUGGGCGCUUGCGGAGAUGUGCAAGCAUGUAAGAUCGACUCUUAUGGAGAAUUGGUUGUUGAAGAAUGACCUGACGGGAUGGUAUGAGAGAGUAGCGGGUGAGACAGAGACUGACACGCUGCUGACAGCGAUCAUGGCGACCAAGAAAUCCAUCUGGACACAGUGA